CCAUCCGUUUUUGAUUUCGUCGGAAGGGCCGAUUUAGUGGGGACAAAGAUGCUUCAAAUCCGACUAAGCAAGGGCCCGUCCGCCGACGCCGGCGGCUCCGUGAAGCCCUUGCCAGUGGAGACGGUAACGGUGGCGUGCCCCGACCACCUCGUUCUCGCAGACCUUCCCGUUGCCAAGAGCAUUGGUGCCGCUACGUCCUCCUCGCUCGUUAAGACCGUCGGUCGUAGGUCCCGUCGCCAGCUCGGCGAGCGAGUCCACUUCUGCGUUCGCUGCGAUUUUCCAAUAGCGAUCUACGGCCGCUUGAGUCCUUGUGAGCAUGCCUUCUGCCUGGAUUGUGCAAGGAGUGAUUCAAUUUGCUAUCUUUGUGAUGAGCGUAUACAGAAGAUUCAGACAAUCAAGAUGAUGGAGGGGAUCCUCAUCUGUGCAGCCCCUCAUUGUCUUAAGUCUUUUCUGAAGAAGAUUGAAUUUGAAUCUCAUAUCCAUGAGAGCCAUGCUGAUCUUUUGCAGCCUAAUGCAGAGAAGGAAGAUGGUAAAGAAUCAGAGGUUCUGAGUGCUAAACAACCUACAGGUUCAGAUACUACCGUUCGAGGUCCUCCAAGGCCUGUCAUUUCUCCUGGUUCAAAUCCUCAACCCUAUGAUACUGAAGACAAAGCUCGUCGGCAGCAGUCUAGAGAACAACUGCCUCCAAGGCCAAUGAUGCAGCCAAAGGGGGCACCGGUAUUUGGUCAAGUUCAGAAUCUUCCAUCAGAGUCCCAACCAGACAAUAACCUUCCCCCUGGCUUUGACAGGCCUGGCCCUCACAACCACUUCCAACAAGGCUUUGACAGGCAGGGCACCCCGCAACCAGAAUCUAGCCAGUUUUCAGACAAGCAGCAGGGAGUAUUAGCUGAAAACCAGUUUUCUGAAUACCCGCCAAUGCAUUCCAUGCAACCACCUAAUUUUGUUAUGCCAAUGAAUUCAAACCCUAUGUUGGCUCCAUAUGGUGUUCCUCCAUUUCCAGCUGAUGGAGCUCAACCAUUUUAUGGUGCUCCCUAUGAGAUGGCUCGGCCGAGUUCAGCACCAGAUGUUGGUUCUGAGCAGGGGUCAUUAUUGGGUUUCCCACCAGGCCCAGUUGGGGGCAUAAAUUACCCAACAGGUUAUCCUCAGCCCUGGAAUGGCGGGCACCCUGGGGCACCAUUUGAAGCCCCGCCAGGUGGCCACAUGAUGGGCGAUGCUUUUGCCAAUUAUCAAGGUGAUUAUGGGCGAAAUCCAGGAGGUUUACCAAUGAUUCCUCCCCCGCAGUCAGCCAACAAAGGGAUGGAAGCAAUGCAGGGUAGUAAUUCCAUGGACCCUAGGGAUGGCAAAGGUAUACUGGCACCACAGCCCAUGCAAGUUCCACCACCACCUCCACCACUUCCACAUCAUAUGCCACAACUUAAACGAGGCAAGUUCCACUCCAGUGAUAUGGGUCGUGAUGGACAAGGUUUUGGGUGGCAGCAUGAGAACCGUGAUGGCUUUGGAAGUAGCCAGGACUAGAAAUUGCUUGUUUUUGGGCAGUUAACAUGUGAUAUACUCUUCUUUGGGGGUCUUUAUUAAGCUGUGAUGGGCUGUCCCCCAUUUCUUAAUUUCUUAACAGCAUUCUGCUCCCUUUGAAAUGCUUUAGAUUUAAUUUGCAAAAUCACUAUUUGCGCCUAUGUUCUUCAAUGGAAAUUUUCUCGUUAAAA